AUGACCUCUGCAGCCUGUCUGACUGUCCUUUUUGGUAAACUUCGGUUAAUGAUUACCCGUCACUGCACGGUCGACAGCAAUUUUCUGAACUACACUGCUGCAAAACUGCGGGGUGAGGAAAGGCGUUUUCGUGCCAUGUACCGAGACAUUGCCUGUUUCUGGCUCCGCAUGAACAGGCCGACCUGGAAGGAGUGGACCCCGGGCUGGGACAUGAAGAAGGAACUCGUCAUCGGUGGAAUGUUUACUUUCUACGGAAAGUGGGUACUCAGUGGUCUUGAAAAGAAUGCCGUGUCCGCCUUGGACGUUUUGAACGGCAAUCCGGCCUACUUUGCUGACUCUGAAUACGUCGUCAAGCUUCAAAUUCGCAAUGUCACCUGCUCCCAGGACGUUGUGCUCGAUGACUUCUAUCGUUUUCUCGCUGAACGCGACAACUCUGAAACC